UGCUCUCACCUGAAAAGCCUCUUUUCCACCUGCUUCUAUAAAAUGAAUUGCUGAUCUCACCUGCAAAGAAAAAAAACCUUUUUUCUCCUGCUUCUAUAUAAUCAAUGGUUGAUUUCAUCUGAAAAACACAUUUUUCCCUCCUGCUUAGCCCUAACCCUAAUCAAUUGCUGCUCUCCCCUGAUUAACUCAAAAGUAGAUCCAGGGCAGGAAAAGGCCAGGUGGUUUAUAUAGAGGAUUAUGGAGGUAACUAAAAGACCAGGCAACCAGAGAGGGUAGCUCCAAAAAGUUGGGGAGCUGGGGUUCUGCUGCAGGGCUUGAUGGCAGCGGGUGGAGAAGGAAGCCAGAGGGUAGCUGCUUCUCCCUUGUGGCCAGAAGUAAUUGAAGCAAGUUCUCCUUUUGGUGUUACUGCACGUACAAGGUACUUCUCUUCUUUCCCGGUCCAGACAAUAUUUAUCCAGAGGAACAAGCCUCAGAAAGACACCCUGGGGUUAUUAGCCCAGCGAGGCUUCAAACUGGAAGAGUAUUUCAUCGGCCAGUCGAUUGGCAAAGGCUGCAGCGGUGCCGUGUAUGAAGCCGCUGCCCCUGCCACCCCCGCGGGAGACGGAGAUGAGCAUGAUGGUGCUUCGGGCGUCCAGGGUGUAGCAGAGGCCGAGGGCUGGAAGGAAGGAUUUCCGUUGGCUAUCAAAAUGAUGUGGAAUAUUUCGGCUGGCUCUUCCAGUGAAGGAAUCCUCACCACCAUGUCUCAAGAACUUGUUCCAGCCAGCGGCCGUGCCCUUUCUGGAGAAUUUGGAGCAGUUGUUAGGCCCAGGAAACACGUCUUUGGGAAGAAGUGGCUGAAACCUCACCCCAACAUCAUCCAGGUGAUUCGAGCUUUCACAUCUCACGUCCCGCUGCUUCCGGGCGCCACGGUGGACUAUCCCGAUGUCCUGCCUUCCACCUUGAAUCCCUCUGGAAUUGGGCACAGCCGCACCCUCUUCCUGGUGAUGAAGAAUUACCCGUGCACCCUGCGUCAGUACCUUUCCGAGGGACGCCCGACCCCCCGUCUGGGGGCUGUGAUGAUCCUGCAGUUGCUGGAAGGCGUGGACCACCUCAUCCGACAAGGAGUUGCUCACAGGGAUCUGAAGUCAGACAACAUUCUGGUGGAAUUUGACUCUGCAGGGUGCCCAGGGCUGGUCAUCACUGAUUUUGGCUGCUGCUUGGCCGACGAAAAGCUGGGCUUGAAGCUGCCUUUUCCCAGCUGGUACGUGGAUCGCGGUGGCAAUACCUGCCUGAUGGCGCCUGAGGUGGCCACUGCCGUCCCCGGCCCAGGCGUGGUGAUCGACUACACCAAGGCGGACGUGUGGGCCGUGGGGGCCCUUGCGUACGAGAUCCUCGGGGCCAGGAACCCCUUCUACGGCCAAGGGGGAGCUGCCCUGGACAGCCGGAGCUACCGAGAGGAGGAGCUGCCCCCCUUGCCCUCCCCGGUGGCCCCAGAGGUGAAGACCCUGGUCGCCAUGCUCCUGAGGCGGAGCCCAGCCAAGAGGCCCUCUGCCCGCGUGGCAGCCAACGUCCUCCACCUGAGCCUCUGGGCCGAACCGGGUCUCGGCCGGCCAGACCUCUGUCUCCGCCAGCUGGUGGCCUGGCUGCUCCGACAAUCAGCUGCGGCUUUACUGACCGACCGCCUCGGAAGCGACCGUGGGGUUGAGUCUCGCUUGAGGAGGGGCUUCUUGGCCAACCUGGAAUACGACGACCUCCGUGAGGCGGCGGCCCUGCUCUGCUCCGCUCCUGGAGGAGGGCAGCUUAGCCCUGCCCGUCACUAAAAGUGCUCAGCUGAUUGAGGCCUCCUGUGGUCUCGGGCCCCGUGGGAGAGAGCAGCUUCCCUGCUGGGUGUUGUAGUGCGAAGGGUGUUCAGCUCAGGCUCAAGCCGUGGAAAUCGGCGUUUUCUCCCCGAGUCUCAGGUUCGUCAAGCCGGGAGGGAGGCGAUGUGGCUUUUCCCCUGGAGAGCGGCCUUCCUUUCGAAGAGGGAGCCGCGAGGACGAGGGUUGCCAGGGCGGCGAGACCCGGGGCUGCAGUCUCACAAAAAUCUGGGUCCUAAUCUAGGCUCCUUGUUUCGGGCUUGGCUUGGAGUGCACAACCAGAAAUGGGUGGAAUUCAACCACUAGGGUUUUGAGUUGCAUAUGAUUUAAGGUCUAAAAUGCCUUUAUUUAACAGAGACGGGAAGUAUCAAAGCAAGAUGCUUAUAACCUGACUUCAUUCAGUGACCCAGAACCCAGACCUGGGUGGUAGGCGGCCAUUUGCCUUUGUUGUGUCUAAUUCUAAAGUUUAAGCCAGGUGGGAUAAAGGUCAUUGCCUGCUUUGUCGCGAUUCUCUUUUGGUCAGACUUUCUAAGAGGACACGCUUGCCCCCUGUGGAAAUACGGAAAUGUUCAAACCCUUCUGGGCUUCCAAGAUCUUGCCACUAAAUGUCUGGCUGCAACCCACCAAAAAGCAAACAAACAGCCUCCAUCGAGGGCCUUUCUUGCUGGCAAGGUUUUCUUUUCCCACGCAUUCUGACUGUGCGGUUAAUGGGGGGCCCUUCGCUGGGAAGAGUGCCUGGCCGGCGUUCCCAAGAAGAGGCCCGUCUGCCCAUGGAGGGGCUCCAGCCUCCCCUGCCGGAAUGGCGUUUUUUGCAUCCGUCUGCUUGAAGGAGAAGCAGCCAAACCUCUGGGAAGGGCUCCCUGUGCUGCGGAAGGUGGGGCCUUUGGGAAGGUGUGGGGUGGAUGGCCCCCCCAAGGAGAAGGGGGCCACUGACUUUCUCGUGAGUGGCUUGCGGGAUUGUGGGAGGGGCAGGCACACGCCUUAGACAACUAAGGGGCAGGCAGGGCAGAAAAUCCUGGCUCCCCUUCAGAAAUCCAGAAUCAGAGAGGCGUCUCGUAUCUUUGCUGCGUCCAGGGCACCCUUCUUAGCACGUUAGGUUUUUUUUUCAGAGUGCAGGAGGAUGUGCAGCGUGUUGGGCUGUGUAAGUAGGGUGGGCUGGGGUGUGCAGAGUUGCAUGUGCGGUUUUUGACAGGGAGGGGGAGGCUUUUCCGUGGCUUUCUGGUUUUUUUGCUGGAAAUCCACAGGAAAUUGGACCUCUUUUUCUUUUUCGGUAGCGUGCUUGGGGAUGAAUGCGAAAGGAAAAAAAAUAGCAGAUCAAGUUUCUAGGCCUGAAUGUUUUCAAGUUGGCUGGCGGGGCUCCUCAGGUUGGAAGCAAAACAGACCGUCUAAGAUUUCCAGUAGCUGGGGAGGGAGUUCAGCGCCUUCCGCCGAAAAGGGAAAAAGGCAUGUUACGGAGGCUCAGCCUGGCAUGUGAACCAUCGGGCCUAAGCUGUGCGAGUCGGCCAGCUCUGAAUGGCGUCUUUGUUUUCUUUUAAAGUGCGGAUAACCUUCACCUCGCUCAGCUGCCUGUUAAUCAGUAGCUUCUCCUGUGAGUUGGGGGGGCUCUUCUCUCCCUAUGAGGGAGAGAAGCGCCGAAGCAGCCCUUGUCUCCAGGAGGAUCUCUUCCGCGAAGGGGGCACCCGCCCUGGCCUCGGGGCAGAGCCUGGGGAAGUUGGGCGGGCGCCUGAGCGUCUCUGGGGCCAGCACCUUCCUCUCAAGGCAGACUAGUGGGAAUCUCUUUGAAGCGAAUUAAAAUCGAAUUGAAU